ACCAUCACGCACCUACGCCAUCAUUGAGCAAUGCGCGUCGCAUUCUCCUCCCGGGCGCGUGUGCUUUGGGGCCAUGCGCCUCGUGUACGAUCGGCAGCAGUGCAUCGCAGAGGUCUUGCAAGCGUCGCCGAUCUCCCAAGCUCGUCUGUCGAUGUAGUUGUAAUUGGAGGAGGACACGCAGGAUGUGAAGCCUCGGCAGCAGCAGCGCGAGUCGGCGCUCGAACGGCACUUGUCACGCCCUCCUUCGACAACCUGGGGGUAUGCAGCUGCAACCCUUCGUUUGGAGGGAUUGGAAAGGGCACAAUGCUGCGGGAGAUUGAUGCGCUGGAUGGACUCGUGGGACGCAUCACCGACAAAGCGGGUAUACAAUUUCGUGUGCUCAAUAAGAAAAAGGGACCGGCGGUCUGGGGUCCAAGAGCGCAGAUCGAUCGGGCGUUAUACAAGAAACAUAUGCGGGAGGAGAUGCUGAAUUAUCCCGGACUGCAAGUCAAGGAGGGGAAAGUGGCGGACAUUGUCGUCGAUCGAUCCCCUGCUGCAUUGGCCGAAGGGAGACAUGGGAAGAUCACGGGUGUCAGGUUGGAAUCCGGUGAAGUGAUUCAUGCUCGAAGUGUUGUCAUCACUACGGGUACCUUUCUGGGUGGCGAGAUUCACAUCGGCUUGGAAGCAUAUCCUUCUGGUCGGAUGGGCGAAGCGGCCACCGUGGGUCUCUCAAGGUCACUCGAAGAAGCUGGGUUCAAACUCGGGCGACUCAAAACCGGCACACCGCCGCGACUGGACAAGAAGACGAUAGACUUCACCCGGCUUGAGAUCCAGCCCGGCGACGAGCCUCCCACCCCGUUCUCAUAUCUCAACGACCGCGUUGCCGUUGAGGAGCAACUGCACUGUCACAGCACUCACACCAACCCCGCUGCACACGAAAUCAUCCGACAGAACCUGGACAAGAGCAUACACAUUCGAGAAACGGUCAAAGGCCCACGCUAUUGCCCAUCCUUAGAAAGCAAGGUCCUACGCUUCACAUCAAAAGACCGGCACUUGAUCUGGCUCGAACCGGAAGGCUUCGACACUGACGUAGUCUACCCCAACGGCAUCAGCAUGACAGUGCCGGCAGAAGCACAAGAAGCCAUGCUCAAGACCAUCGUCGGACUCGAAAACGUCACAAUGCUGCAACCAGGCUACGGCGUCGAAUACGACUACGUCGACCCCCGCAGCCUCAAGAGCACGCUCGAAACCAAAGCAAUCAGCGGCCUCUACCUUGCCGGCCAAAUCAACGGCACGACGGGCUACGAAGAAGCCGCAGCCCAAGGCAUACUCGCCGGCAUCAACGCCGGCAACGCCGUCACCGGCCGCGACGCCUUCAUCAUCUCGCGCGCAGCAGGCUACAUCGGCAUCAUGAUCGACGACCUCGUCACCAAAGGCGUCAGCGAGCCCUACCGCAUGUUCACCUCGCGCUCCGAAUACCGCAUGUCCGCGCGCGCCGACAACGCCGACACCCGGCUGACAGCCGCCGGACAUGCCGCAGGCGCCAUAACCCAAACGCGCUGGACAGCCUUCACGGACGAGCAAACGCAACUCUCCGCCCUGCGCGCCCUCCUCAGCGCCAAAACCCUCAGCUCGCAAGCCUGGAUCGAGCACGGGUUCGCCGUGCGCUCCGACCCCACCAAACGCAGCGCCUUCGACCUCCUCCGCCACCCCAACGUAACCGCCGCCUCCCUUCUCCCCCUCAUCCCCGAAAUCGCGCACUUCCCGCCCCGCAUUCACGCCAGAGUGGAAAUCGAAAGCACGUACGCGCCAUACAUUACGCAGCAAACCGCGAGCGCGGCGGCGAUGGCGCGCGACGAGAAUCUGCUGCUGCCGCCCGAUUUGGAGUACGAGGGGAUUCACGGGCUGAGCUGGGAGGAGAAGAAGGUGCUGAGUGCUACGCGGCCGGAGUCGGUGGGACAGGCGAGGAGGGUGGAGGGCGUUACUGCUGCGGGGGCGCUGAGGUUGUUGGCUUUUGUGAGGGGGCGGGGUGGUGGUGGCUCACGGAGAAAGGAGACGGUCGAGAGCUUUCCGCCGGGUGCGGAGGUGGAGGCUGCGGCGUGAUGAUUGCAUUGCGGUUAUGAUUGUUUUUUGUGCAUAGCGAUGGGAGUUACUCUCCCCUGACUCCCCUGUGUAAGAUUAUCUGUACAAUGAUGACCGAAUGAAGAAAUGCAGGCAGGCAACACAAGACUUGCUCCGCUACCCGCCACAUCUAACUGGAAAAGCAUUUCAGAAGCAAAACAAGUA